AUGUUUGGUACAAGUGUUUUUCAUUCAUUUGUACACCAGUGGACUUGCCAAUUACAGUAUAACCCAAGGUUGAAUAUGGACUGGGGACUUUCUGAUGGUGAGGGCAUGGAAAGGAUAUGGUCCAGGCUCUCCUCAUUGAUCAGCGGUCUGAGGUAUUCAACCUCAGCCCAUCGACUAUGUGCGUUACAUCUACGUGGCCAGCAUCAUAAUGAGGCUGGCCGAGCCAACCUAAUUCAAUGGCUGCUGAAACGCGAGGCUUUGGCUCGCAAACAACUCAUAGAUAGUAGAACAAAGCUACAGAUUCUUGCUUGUGAUGCUCUUUACACCGAGAAUUACCUGAUCGAGCAAUGGGAACGUCAACGGCACUGUCAGCUGACCACACUGGUGGAUGAAAAUACAGACUCACUGAGCAAGAAGCUUGCCAAACUUGUUGGUUUAGAGCAGAGUCUACAUCAAUCUGAGUUGAGUAUGACCAUGCACCAAAGAGAUCGAAGCGAGGCAGAACAGCUUGAAGUAGCUGCGCUUCCAGCUACGAUUGCAGUAUUGAAAGCCAAGAUCAACGAAGUAGUUGAUCAGCUUGGAGGUGACGAGUACCGAGAUAUUCCAGGCGCAUCCACACCAAAAGGUCGUGGCUUGAUACGCAUUCGGGUGGCCAAAACAAAACUUCAUGUGGCUAAGAUAGACAUUUUUACUAUGCAGAAGCAUAGUGACCAAAGGGCUGAAAAUGAAGAAAACUUUGAGAGAAAAGCAGGCUGCGUUCAAAUCUAA